AUGCGAGUUAGCUUGAAGACAUCGAUGUUAAAGUUGAAACUGAAACCAGAUUACGAUGGAGCUGCAACCGCUUUGGAGCGUGCUUCAGUGUGCUAUCGAAAUGCUGGAGAUGCGAAUAAGGCAGCUAAGGCGUUAAUAAGUGCUGCUUGGUCAUUACGAACAACUAGGAAAUCGUAUUUCACGCGGCCAAGUGCAGCAAUGUUGUUAAGAGAUGCCGGUGAUAGUGCAGGGGCCUACCCAUUGUUCGAGAAGGCGAUUGAUCAAUAUGCAGAAUCAGGAAGCCUCGAUGACAGCAUGCCAAUGUCGUUAUAUGAAAAAGGACUCGCGUUGGUACAGCAAUCUGAUCGUUCUAAGUUAGCAGGAGAAUUCCUAAGCCAGAUCACACGUCUUAAUCUUCGACUAGAACGUUAUAGUGAAGCAGCAAAGGCUAUUCGAGAUGAAAUAGAAAAGUACGUCGAAGUUAGAGAGUCAGGACGUGUGGGUCAGCUCGCAAUUGCUUUGGUUCUCGUGCAGUUAGCUCUGGGUGACUCGGUGGCAGCUGCAAAAUAUUAUCAGUGGACAGUAGAACAGUGCGCUGAAUUCGAGUUCACAGAUGACGCAAGGGCGUGUCGACAGUUGAUUGGUGGAUGGGAGAGUGGAGACGAUGAGCAGUUCCAAAAUAUUCUGAAGGAUGGCGUACUACGGAGUAUGGACAAUGAGUAUCUCCGACUAAUGAAGAAACUUCAUGCACCAGAAGGAACCGGCGAAACUGAAAGGCCAGACGAUGGGGGUGAUGAAGAUGACUUGAAGUAG